GAUCCGAAAAUUUCUGGGAGAAGAUGGUUUCGUUUCUGACUUUUUCAACCUUCUUCUUCUGUGUCUCUGUGAUUUUUAGGGUUCUUAAAACGUAAUCCAGGUUUUGGGUACGUUUAACUCUUUCUCCACCUUCAGUUCUGGAAUUGGAUUCAAAUUCUUAAUUUAUUCUUUCAGCAAUGAUGGUGGAAGCUGCAACGGAGACAUCAUCAUCCAUAGACUGCUCUCUUCUCCUGGAUUGCGUUUCGAAAUUGCAGCUGUCUCCCGCAUCCAAAUCGACGCAACCUGCAACGAAAGAGCAGACACCAGAGUGGUCUCUUCUCCCUGGAGAGCUACUGCAACUCAUCUUGACGUAUCUUGACAACUGUUUCGAAGUUGUUCAUGUUCGCUCUGUUUGCACCUCGUGGCGAUCGUCGAUUCCGUUUCCUUCUUGCUUGUUACGUCUGAGUUACUCUCUUCCCACUUUUGCUGAUUUCCCUUACGAUAGCAAAGACUUGUGUAUCCUUGAGAAGAUCCCUUUGUUUCUCUUUAGAGUCCGAGAUGCGUCGCCUUGUGAGUAUUUUCUAGGAGAUAUAGGUUUAGAUGAGUCAGAGAAUCAUCAUAUUAUGGAGCCUCUUCAGUGUACAGUGAAAGUGAAGAUACCAGGAUCUGAAAAGCCAACCUUGAUGAACAUGCUAGACUGUCAGAUCAUCCCUCUAGGACAUCAGUACAGAAUGAUCGGUUGGGAUCCUGAAGCGUGGACAUCAGCUUACAGAGGCGUGGCUUUGCUUCCGUUAAAUAAAGAAGGAGGAGGAUUCGUUGUGCUACUCAACUACACUAAAGUUUUGUUGGUGUUAACAAGUGCUGAAAUGAGGUGGAUGCGGGUUAGCAAGUUCUCAGAUGCUUCUUGCUGGGAUUUGUUCACUUUUAGAGGUAGAUUUUACGCUGUCUUUCUUAGCGGGGAAAUCUUCGUUAUUGAUCCUUGUUCGCUGGAAGUGACUCCCCUGAAGCCCUCAAAGCCUUUGAACUCAAGUAAUUAUCUAGUUCCAUCAGGUGAUGAUGAGCUUUUCCUGGUUGAGAAAAUCGUCCCAAGAUAUGGUGAGUUAAAUUAUUUUCGGUUAGUAUGUAGAGUGAGUAGGCUAGAUGAGGAGGCUGGUGAAUGGGUUGUGGUCAGCGAUUUGGGAGACCGUGUUUUGUUUAUUGGAGAGCUGGGGAAUUGCUCCUUCUCGGCUAAGGAGCUUCCUGGUGGUUGUGGUGUGAGUGGGAACUCUGUUUUGUUUACCAAUGGGCCAGGAAAUGUAACUUAUGCCUAUAAAUAUGGAGUAGAGACAGGAAACGCCGGAGAGAACCUAUGUUUUUGGAGAUUUUCAAGAGAGAACCGUGUGAUGAUUCUCAACAGAUCUCCUCCUGUGGUGGCUCUUCAGGUUGAGAGCUAAGCUGUAACAGCUUACUUUUGGAUUCACUAUCUUUAGAGACAUGGCUUUAUUUACAUGUCAAGUUGUUUGGACCCAGUUUUUGUGAGAUUCAAUAUGGAUUGUGUUCGUUCAGACAACGAGAACCUCAGUUCAUAGGAAGAAGAAUCCAAGAAGAGAGAGACAGAGUCUUCUUUACGAGACGUCUCCUCUGUUUUGUGACUAAUGUGCCGCCUUUCUACUCUUUGGUAUGAAUUUGGUCAAAUUCAUGUUGUAUUGUAAUGAAUUUCCAGUAUCUUUCAAAUAGUUUUGUGAGGGAUAAUGGUCAAGAUACAACAUGUGGAGAGAUGAUUCUGAUGAACGAAAAAGACAGAUCAUGGACACCAGAUUAGAAACGAAAGAAGUCAUGUGGAACUACUUUAAUCAGAAAAGGGUGGGAAAAUUUCUGUCGUGCCAAUGGAAUUCUUCACUCUCAAACUGAAGGAAGCUUAUGAAGAAGAGUCUCUCUCUUUGUUGUGUGAAUUUCUACGUUGUUUUCCAAAGACCAGAAGGAAGCUUAUGAAGUAGAGUCUCUCUCUUUCCACAGAAUCGGAAUGCGAUGUAGAGAGCAGCAAAGACGAGAGUAUUUCGCAGGAAUGCUCAGGAAGAAAGGAAAAGAAGGUAGAUUGAUAUAGAAAGCUUCAUCUUCACCAUCCUAAAACCGAUUCAUGAUAUUAACGCUUACACCUUACAACAUAAGAUUAUGUAAACUGGUUAGUUUCAUGACCAAGCCAUUAGUUGUCUGUUUCACAGUUUUAUCAAUUCUGAGUCAUCUUUGUUGCA